GAACGAGCUGCUCCUAAGAAAGUAGGCGACCGCGGUCGCCGGGCCGCGCGGGCAGCCUCGGGACAAUGGGGCCCCGGCGCUUGCUGCUCGUCGCGGUCGGCCUCAGCCUGUGCGGUCCUUUGCUGUCUUCCCGCGUUCCUAUGAGACAGCCAGAAUCUGAGAGGAUGUAUGCUACGCCGUAUGCUACGCCAAACCCCCGCUCAUUUUUUCUCAGGAAUCCCAGUGAAGAUACAUUUGAACAGUUCCCCCUAGGGGAUGAGGAGGAGAAAAAUGAAAGCAUACCGCUCGAGGGCAGGGCAGUCUACUUAAAUAAAAGCCGUUUUCCUCCCAUGCCGCCUCCUCCCUUCAUCUCCGAGGACGCCUCCGGAUAUCUGACCAGCCCCUGGCUGACGCUCUUCAUACCCUCCGUGUACACGUUUGUGUUCAUAGUCAGCCUUCCCCUGAACAUCCUGGCCAUCGCUGUGUUUGUCUUUCGGAUGAAGGUCAAGAAGCCGGCCGUGGUGUACAUGCUGCACCUGGCCAUGGCCGAUGUCCUCUUCGUGUCCGUGCUCCCCUUCAAGAUCAGCUACUACUUCUCCGGCACCGAUUGGCAGUUCGGGUCCGGAAUGUGUCGCUUCGCCACCGCAGCGUUUUAUUGUAACAUGUACGCCUCCAUCAUGCUCAUGACAGUCAUAAGCAUUGACCGGUUCCUGGCAGUGGUGUACCCCAUCCAGUCCCUGUCCUGGCGCACUCUGGGCCGAGCCAACUUCACCUGCGUGGUCAUCUGGGUGAUGGCCAUCAUGGGGGUGGUGCCCCUCCUCCUCAAAGAGCAGACCACCCAGGUUCCGGGGCUCAACAUCACCACCUGCCACGACGUCCUCAACGAGACCCUGCUGCAUGGCUUUUACUCGUACUAUUUCUCCGCCUUCUCCGCCAUCUUCUUUCUUGUGCCGUUGAUCAUUUCCACAGUCUGCUACACGUCCAUCAUCCGAUGCCUCAGCUCCUCCGCGGUGGCGAACCGGAGCAAGAAGUCGCGGGCUUUGUUCCUGUCCGCCGCCGUGUUCUGCAUCUUCAUCGUCUGCUUUGGGCCCACCAACGUCCUCCUGAUUGUGCACUACCUGCUCCUCUCCGACAGUCCUGGCACAGAGACGGCCUAUUUUGCUUACCUCCUCUGCGUCUGCGUGAGCAGCGUGAGCUGCUGCAUCGACCCCUUGAUUUACUACUAUGCCUCCUCCGAGUGCCAGAAGCACCUUUACAGCAUUUUGUGCUGCAGAGAAAGCUCUGAUUCCAACAGUUGCAACAGCACCGGCCAGCUGAUGCCCAGUAAGAUGGAUACCUGCUCUAGCCACCUGAAUAAUAGCAUAUACAAAAAGCUACUAGCUUAGGGAAAGGGUGGCUGGAAGGUUCCAUGAAGAAAAGGUUGGAAAGUGAACAGCUGGGGAACCCCCAUCAGUCCCUGGCAAGAACUGUAUUGACUUCAACGCCUUAAGAAAACCGCCAACGUCUGAUUUGCAUGCAUACUUCUUACAAGUGCUAUCAAGUGUAUAGAUUGGAUAAUCACCAGCAAGGUGAUGGGAACGGAGUCAAGGUUUCCAGUGUUGCUUAGUGCUGGGAUAGUAGUUGAGCGUCACCUCUUCUAUAUCUAGGUGACUUUAACAUACAGGUGGUGUGCACACACACAGUGGCAGUGCAGGGUGGAUUCUGCGCUUUGACGCUUUCUUGUUUAUUCCCUGGCAGUUGCUAUAGAAAUAAUCUGAUUCUCUGACUUAAUAAAGUCUGGGUUGGUGGAUGCUAGCCCUGGGCAGCUGAAGACCCCAGUGAUAGGGAAGAAGCCCAUAGUUUAGACUUAAGACAGCUUUUGCCUAUGUGUCUAUAUUUAUAUAUUUUCAAAUUAUUUGAUAGUAAUGUUUAGUGAUGGAAGGAUGAGACAGUAUUACCUGUGUAGGGGAAGGUCUUGAACAACCACAGUUUAAGAAUUAUCAAAGCAGUUGAAAAGCCCCGUUUUGAUACGCAAUUUACUUACAAAAUACGUGGACCAAGACUGAGCAUAAGACUCGCCAGGAAUGUAAGAAACCUUUCAAAGCAGCCAAGCCUGAUAACUAGACACAGCCAUCUGCAUGGAGGCCUCUGAGCAUGAGGUAUAUCAUACCCCUUCAGCUAUGCCUCCCAGAGAGCAGAGAUGAGGACCACCAGGCCCACUCCACCCUGCUAGGGGUCUCAUUUGCUGUGAACUGAUUAUGUCAAUUAGAAAUUGGCAAGGGAGGGGAUGCCAUCUUGGGAGGCAAUAACACCUGCACAUCUGACAAUCGGAGAAAGGUGUGUUUACAUCCAGCAGCUGUCCCGCAAGGCUGGCCCUUGCACAGACAGACACACCCAUGUGCCCUGGUCACACUGUUGGAUAGUGGGCCGUAGACUGACUGACUGUCGGAGAAUAGCUGAGUCCUGCCCUUACUCAGGCAGCGCAGAGAGCUGGCACACGGUCAGCUGUGACGUAUGCGCUGCAAACCAUCGCACAUAGAAGUUGUCAUUAGCUGGAUGUCACCAAGCAUAUGUCACACAAGCACGGCCUAUCAGCUAAACCGCUUUGGAUAUCUGAGUCUCUGCUUCCGGUAACUAUAGAUUGGGAUAAAGACACAAUACAAGAUGUAUAUUUUUAAUACAUAAGCCCUUCAGUCUACAAUAAUUAGAUGCUAUUUAUUUACAAAUGUUUUGUUAAAAAUUACUCAGAUCAGCCUGGCAUUUUGUCGCAUGCCUUUAAGCCCAGUAGGUGGGAGGCAGAGGCAGUCAGAUGGUAAACAACUUUUUUUUUUUUGUUCUUUUUUUCAGAGCUGGGGACCGAACCCAGGACCUUGUGCUUGCUCGGCAAGUGCUCUACCACUGAGCUAAAUCCCCAACCCCGGUAAACAACUUUUUUAAGAAGCAAGCAAACACACUGAAGUCCAGUUUUAAGAAAUAUAUAGGUCAGUUUGGUUAAAAAUAAUAAUAAUGAAAGGAAAUUUCAUUGAUUGAAAUUGAUUGCAAUGUAGGAAAAUUAGCCUGUAUUUCUCUCAAGAGUUACUGAAGUUGUUUUUAAAGUCUUUUAAUGCCACAGUGACUAACAAGCAUAUAAAAAUCUUCAUGCCUUUGACAAAUUAAUUUAGAAGUUAAUUUAAAACAUAUCCUUUUCCUGGUUAAAAAAAUAUGUUGGCAUUUUAAGCAGAUAAGACUAGAAAGUAUUUAAGAAAACAAAGUAUUUCCCAAUACUGUAGAAUAGCUUCCAUGAAACUCCCCUAGUUGUCUGGUUAACUCUGUUCCUGUGUUGAUUUAUCUAAAUCAUUGACUCCCUGUCCUGUGCUCUGUGACUUAACGUAACUGUUACCACUGCACUUGUGAACUUUCGUGUCAUUGUUUUGUGUUCACCCUCUUUUUUUAAAAAAUAUAUUAAUAAACUAAAAACCUGCUUGG